UAACAUACACUCAUGCAACCAAUAUUUCUGACAAUACAACUUAUGUGGAUAAAGGUGUGGUUAUAGAUUGGAGCGGAAGAAACAUAAGUACGCUUGAUUUUGGUCCAUCGUAUUUGAUCGCGGGCACCACAAAUUGGAUGCCAAAUCUAAUUGUAGUAGUUAACGUUACUCCUCAAAAAGGAUUUUUAAUUUUAUCCGCGGUUAGUGGAACAAAAAGUUUUAGAUGGAGGCAAUAUGAACAUAUUGGAAAUGGAGUUUUCAAUUUAUUACAAAGUGACACU